CAGUACAGGUUCAACCCGGCCGCUCGCCUGGUGGGCAGUCAGGUGAUGCACGACAAGAGGCGACAUUCAUCACGGCUGCAUUUUUUUUCCAUCCAGCCGUGCGGCCGCAAUGAUUCCUCCCCGUCUCCCCCUCGCCCUCCGAAAGCGAAGUGAGCUUCUGCAGAUAAGGAAGGAGGCCGACAUUAUCGCAACACGCCACCUCAUCUAAUCGAGGCGAGAGACAGGGGAGGAGGAGGAAAACGGAAGAAAUCUUCAUCAAGCAACAGGAAGCGAGAGCGUGCGAUUUCUUUUUUCUUCCUUUCCGGUGACGCCAGGUGAAUCACCAGCCGGCCGGUGCGCCAAAGGCUAGGGUUCCGCGGGGCGCGGGUGCGGGCUCGACUUUCGUAGCCUCGCCGCCGGCGCGCGGGAACCGGAUGCUGCUAAGCUGCGGGUCGCUCUCCUCCUGGGUGCGCCGCUUCGUCGCCUGCGUUGGGUACGCCACCUCUGUCCCGCCCUCUACUACGCGCGGUCAGUUGAUUGCUGGGCUUGUCUGCUUCCUGCUGCUCCGAUGUGAUUGGCCGUGGAUGGGGCCAUGGGGGUUUAGCUGUAUCAACGCGAUUGGCUCUGCGCUCCAUCCCUUGGUGAAAUCUGUUCCUGGUUGUUUUGGUUGUGCCCAGCCUACUCCGAUAAUAGCUGUUGAUGAGCCCACAAAAGGUUUAAGAAUUCAAGGGCGCUCAGUAAAAAGACACAAUUUAUCUGACGACUUUUGGAGUUCAAGCCCGCACGAAAUGGAGAACAGUGCCUUGCAAUCCCGACACAGUAUGUCCUCAAUCAGCACUGCUGCACAACCUAAUGAUCAGCAUGCUUCUGGAAGUAGCAGCUCCCCAAAUGAAUUUGUAAAUCAAGGUCUUCUACUAUGGCACCAGACUAGACAGCAGUGGAUUGGAAAACGAAGACAUAAUUCUCAGGGUCAACAAAGUCAAGGACCAAAAAUAAGUUGUAAUGCUACAUACGAGAGCCUGCUCGGGAGCUCGAAACCAUUUCCACAACCGAUCCCUCUUGGUGAAAUGGUGGGUUUCCUCGUGAUCAGCUGGGAGCAGGAAGGCCUAUACGAUUAGAGUUGGUUAUUGGAAGUGUGCUGUUUCAAGUCAUGAAUCGCUGAAAUGUACGCAACUUCUAGGCUGCGAAAGCUUGUGACCUCAUGGAUGUGGACUGUCUCGGAGACAGGAUGACAUCCCUCUUAUGCAAAUGUAAAAUAUUCUUUGUUAUUUUAUUACUAGUAAUUGUGUUUACAGCGUUCAGUGUAGGAGUUCAUUGUUUUAUACUGAGUACAGUUCUCUCACGUUAGCUCGCGUAAAAGAAAUCAGAACGUCUGCAGGGAUGCCAGGGAACUAGAUACUGGGAGCUGCCUUGAGCCUGAUGGCCAAAAUCGGGUCCAGUCCAGCCGAUGUUUUUAGCUGUCAUAUGACUUGAGCAAGCAUUUUACCUUACUUUUGUUUGCCAAACGUAAACAUUGGCAUGUCAGAUUCUUUUUUAAGCUUCUCGUCUGAGUACAAAACCAAGAGAUGACAGAUUA